AUGGACUCGGAUGAUGAGUUCGCACUUGGGGCCCGCCUUCCUCGCUACGCCCGGCAGGUUGGCCCCGGCCUGUCUUCUAACGCAGUUUCCCGUGUGUUGCAGGCGGAGGCCCGGCUGGCGGCGAAGCGCGCGGCCCGCGCGGAGGCCCGAGAGAUCCGGAUGAAGGAGCUGGAGCGACAGCAGAGGGAGAUCUAUCAGGUCCAGCAGAAAUAUUAUGGGCUGUAUACCAAGUGGGGCGACAUCGAGCAGUGGAUGGAGGACAGUGAGCGCUGCUCACGCAGAUCCAGAAGGAACACAUCGGUUUCUGAUGAAGACGAGCGCGUGUCAGUGGGUAGUCGCGGAAGCCUGAGGUCGCAGCCUGAUCUGGAGUCUGGGGGUCCCUACGCCUGGACGAAUGGUUACGAUGGAGAGAUGUACGGAUCACAGCCCCUGAGCAGAAGAUCUGGCAGGCCCUCCCGUGUGUACAGCACCUCGCGGCCCUCAGGGAGCUACCGGGCCUCUGUGUUUGAGGACGGCGGUCUUGGUGGGGCUCGGCAGGGAGGCGCCUCCAGUUCCUACGCUCCCUCGGAGCACAGCGGCCACCUCAACUCCAGCUCCCGCGCCUCCUCCAGAGCCAGCUCGGCGCGGGCCAGCCCAGUGGUUGAAGAGAGACCAGAGAAGGAUUUCGCCGAGAAGGGGCCGCGAAACCUGCCCGGCCUGUCGGCAGCCACACUGGCCUCGUUGGGCGGCACCUCCUCCCGGAGGGGAAGUGGGGACACCUCCGUCUCCGUUGACACCGAGGCAUCCAUUAGGGAAAUCAAGGAGCUCAGUGAGUUAAAGGACCAGAUUCAGGAUGUGGAAGGCAAAUACAUGCAGGGGCUCAAAGAGAUGAAGGACUCGCUGGCGGAGGCGGAGGAGAAGUACAAGAAGGCGAUGGUGUCCAACGCCCAGCUGGACAAUGAGAAGAUGAACUACAUGUACCAGGUGGACACCCUCAAAGACGCGCUGCUGGAGCUCGAGGAGCAGCUGGCCGAGGCCCGGCGGCAGUGCGAGGAGAAGAGCAAGGAAUUUGAGCGGGAGAAGCACGCACACAGCCUGCUGCAGUUCCAGUUCGCGGAGGUGAAAGCCGCCCUGCAGCAGAGGGAGGAGAUGCUCCAGGAAAUCCGACAGUUGCAGCAGAAGCAGGCGAGUUAUAUCAGGGAGAUUUCUGACCUUCAGGAAACGAUAGAGUGGAAAGACAAAAAGAUAGGGGCCUUAGAGAGGCAGAAGGAGUUCCUCGACUCCAUCAGGAGCGAGCGCGACGACCUCAGAGAGGAAGCGGUGGCGCUGAAGGAGGAGUUAAAGAAACACGGAAUAAUCCUAAAUUCAGAAACAGCCACCAAUGGGGAGACUUCAGACACUCUCAAUAACGUCGGAUGCCAAGGUUCUACCAAGAUGACAAAAGAGGAGUUAAACACCCUCAAGGCAACGGGGGACGGGACCCUGGACAUUAGGUUGAGAAAGCUGGUCGACGAGCGGGAGUGCUUGCUGGAACAGAUUAAGAAACUCAGAGGGCAGCUGGGAGAAAGGCAGAAGAACGGCAAGCUGGACGCGCUGCGCCCCGAGGACGGCGUCUUGGAGAACGGGACAGACAUGCACGUGAUGGACCUACAAAGGGAUGCCAACAGACAGAUCAGCGACCUCAAAUUUAAACUUGCAAAAUCUGAGCAGGAGAUAACUGCACUAGAACAAAAUGUAAUAAGGUUAGAGAGUCAAGUAUCACGUUAUAAAUCAGCUGCUGAAAAUGCAGAAAAAAUAGAAGAUGAACUGAAGGCUGAGAAACGGAAACUGCAAAGAGAGCUCCGCUCUGCAUUGGACAAAACCGAAGAGCUGGAGGUGAGCAACGGCCACCUAGUGAAGCGUCUGGAGAAAAUGAAGGCCAACAGGAGUGCGCUCCUGUCCCAGCAGUGAGCCCCUGCUCUCCUGCACGGGCCUGGCCGGGGUUGGGGGCAUCCUUUCACAGGCUGUCCUCUGGUCCCAUCUGGGAGCUGCUGCUUUCCCUGCUUCUGAGAAGACACCAGUGACUCGGCCAAGGGAGCCCUGAUAGCCUCCAUGCCUCGUCUGCAGACCAGACCUGGUGGGCGCCUCCCAGCACCUGCAGGGCAUUUGAUAAGCACAUCGGGCCCUCUGGGGCCUGUACCCCGACGGAGCGGCAGCCUCUUCGUGCCAUUUAAAAGGAGUAAAGAUUAAAGUGGGACUUGCGUUUUCUUUUCCUGUGUCUUGCUGGAAAUAAGGGGAAAUGUUAUGGUGUUGGGACUUCCUUUCAGGGUGGAAUCUGAGGUUGGAGCGGGGUCGGGAGUAUCUCUUAGUCUAUGCUUUUCACACACACACUGUGGAACCACAAGCCAUUACCGAGCGGAACUCUCGCUGGAAACAAGGGGUGGUCUAGACGUAAACGUGGCCUUAAGAAGACUUUACAGGCAACAAACGAAGCUUUUCUAAGGGGUUUUUGCCUCCGUUCAAUUCUAUGAGUACUUUUUCCAGGGAAUUCGGCAAUAGCUUCCUGAAAAUGACAGCUUUUCAUUUGCAUUAUUUAAUCCUUGUAUUUGGAAUUGAAGUUGUUAACUUUUAAAGAAUGUGCUAUUAGAAAAAUUAAAAAAUGAAAGGUUGAAAUAUU